AUGAGACCUACUCUGCCCAGACUAGUCAACAUCCUCGUACCCGUCAAGAGGUCGAUCGAUUAUGCUGUCAAGAUCAGGGUAGCUUCGGAUGGCAAAGGUGUGGAUACCAAUGUGAAGCACUCCAUGAAUCCAUUUGAUGAAAUUGCCGUCGAGGAAGCAAUCCGACUUCGAGAAAAGAAAACCACCAAAGUCGACAACAUUACCGCCAUCUCCAUCGGUCCCUCCAAAGCGGUCGACACCAUCCGUACUGCUUUGGCUAUGGGCGCAGAUUCAGGUAUUCACAUUACCACACCUGAAAAUGCCGUCGUAGAGCCUAUAGCAGUUGCCAAUGCCCUGAAGAAGAUCAUCGACGAUAAGAAGUUCGACCUGGUCAUCAUGGGUAAACAAGCUAUCGAUGAUGAUUCGGGUUCGACCGGAGGUAUGUUGGCUGGUUUAUUGGGUUGGUCACAGGGUAGUUUCGCUUCGAAAUUGGAAGUUGAAGAUGGAGGUAAAGUGAAUGUUACCAGAGAGAUUGAUGGUGGUCUGGAGAAAAUCGAGGCCAAGUUACCUAUGAUUGUAACUACAGAUCUGAGAUUGAAUGAACCUCGAUACGCUUCUUUGCCAAACAUCAUGAAAGCCAAGAAAAAGAAGAUCGAAACUUUCAAACCUGAAGAUUUGGGUCUUGAUUUUACCCCUAGAUUCGAGACUAUUUCAGUAUCCGAACCACCCAAGAGACAAGGUGGUGGUAAGGUUGAAUCAGUUGAUGAAUUAGUUAGCAAGAUGAAAGAGGCUGGUGUGAUCUAA